GAUGCUGAUCACAGAUCACGACCUUUGAGGCGAAAUCGAACCACCGACGUAUAUAAGCCAAUACGGUUUGUGAUCAGCUCAGUAACUCCCGGCAAGCACACCACGCUCGGUGGACGUAUGGUAUAACUUCGUGCGGUCUAGCUAGAACUUUCUAUAAUGUUUGCAAAAAACCUUCUCCGCUUCGCUCUGUUAGCUUUUAUCGCAGCUAACGCGAUCGCCGACGUGUCGAACCAAAUCGAUGUGGACGCUAUACGCGAGCGUCUGCCAGCGAAUCUUCCGCUUCCGUCCAUGGACGAGGUGGAGAAGCUUCUGCGGGACAAAUGCACGGCGGCUGGGGCACCGACCGACGCGUACGACAAUGCCAAAUCCGCCGCCCAAACGUUUUUCGAGUGCGGCCAAGGGCUGAUCGAUAUUGAUCAGUUUCAGCAGGAAGUGGAAGCGGCCAAACCAACCGGCGAUCUGGACACCGUCUUCAACAAAUACUGCCGCAAACGAUCGACGCUGAUCGAGUGUGUAAACACGUUCGCCAACGCAGUCGACCCGUGUCUGGAGUCGGAAGAGAAAGUCUUCAAAACGUCGGGCUUGGACAUCUUCAAGAAUCUGCUCAACUUCGUCUGCCACAAGGAUGGGGAUCAGAUUGCACUGUUUAUUGCCGAGAAAGGUCCUGAGUGCUUCCUCGAGCAGAAGGAUGAUUUGAUCGCCUGCGUCAAUAACACAUUCUCGGGGUACGUUCCGGAGACCACCUUAACCAGCAUCCCGAAGCUGGUGCUCGGCCCCAAGCAAUGCGAGGACUUUACGAAGCUGCAAAACUGCAUGGUGCGCGAGCUGGAGCAGUGCGAUGAAUCCACCCCGGCCAACCUGGUCGAGUCUCUCUUCCGAUACGUGAGAAAAGGAUCUCCGUGUGCGAGCAAUUCCGGUCGCAAGUAACUCUCUGGCAUUCUUCGGCGCUCGUGACGUUACCCUAUCACACGAUAAUGAGUGAUGAAAAGGUGUUGUGAUUCGGUGAAAUAAAUGGACCAUUCAAUCGUUAAAA